ACGGUGGCCGGCCACCUCGGACCAUGGGAUGCCGGCAGAGCUCCGAGGAGAAGGAGGCAGCGCGGCGUUCCCGGCGCAUUGAUCGCCACCUGCGCUCCGAGAGCCAGCGGCAACGACGCGAGAUCAAGCUGCUGCUCCUGGGCACCAGCAACUCUGGCAAGAGCACGAUCGUUAAGCAGAUGAAGAUCAUCCACAGUGGGGGCUUCAACCUGGAGGCCUGCAGGGAGUACCGGCCCCUCAUCAUUUACAACGCCAUCGACUCCCUCACCCGCAUCACCCGUGCUCUGGCUGCCCUGCGCAUUGACUUCCACAACCCAGACCGCGCCUACGAUGCUGUGCAGCUCUUUGCGCUCACGGGACCAGCUGAGAGCAAAGGCGAGAUCACACCCGAACUGCUGGGCGUCAUGCGGCGGCUGUGGGCCGACCCCGGUGCGCAGGCCUGCUUCGGCCGCUCCAGCGAGUACCACCUGGAGGACAAUGCGGCCUACUACCUGAACGACCUGGAGCGCAUCGCCGCGCCCGACUACAUCCCCACGGUGGAGGACAUCCUGCGCUCACGCGACAUGACCACAGGCAUUGUGGAGAACAAGUUCACCUUCAAGGAGCUGACCUUCAAGAUGGUGGACGUGGGCGGCCAGCGCUCAGAGCGUAAGAAGUGGAUCCACUGCUUCGAGGGCGUGACUGCCAUCAUCUUCUGCGUGGAGCUCAGUGGCUAUGACCUGAAGCUCUACGAGGACAACCAGACGAGCCGGAUGGCUGAGAGUCUGCGCCUCUUUGACUCCAUCUGCAACAACAACUGGUUCAUCAAUACCUCACUCAUCCUUUUCCUCAACAAGAAGGACCUGCUGGCUGAGAAGAUCCGGCGCAUCCCACUCACCGUCUGCUUCCCCGACUACCGUGGCCAGAACACCUACGAGGAGGCGGCCGUGUACAUCCAGCGGCAGUUCGAAGACCUGAACCGCAACAAAGAGACCAAGGAGAUCUACUCCCACUUCACCUGUGCCACUGACACCAGCAACAUCCAGUUCGUGUUCGACGCAGUAACCGAUGUCAUCAUCCAGAAUAACCUCAAGUACAUCGGCCUGUGCUGAGG